AUGCCCCUCUCCUCCAUCGUCGCCGCCGUGAGCAAGAACUCCACGGGCGCCGGCACGCUGGCCGUGCUGCCGCUGGUGCUCUCGUCCGCGGGCAUCACCGGCUACGCGCGCUACGCCGCGUCGCACGCGCCCGCCGAGAACAAGACCAGCGCCGCCGUCGAGCACGAGCGGGAAGAGCAGCUGCACCAGCACGUCGCGCUGCCCUGGAAGGGCACGCGGUAG